AUGUCGGCGGCAGUUCGGGCUGCUCUGGCUGUCAAGAGAGCCGAAGCACGCUCUCGCUCCGUCUCGCCCUCCAAGCCUCAUCUCACGCCUCCCAAUGGUGACAAUGAACGCCCACACUUUGGUCGCGAACUCGAUGCUUCCAUAGCUAGCCCUUUUGGCUCUCCUAAGCCCGCCGCAAGGGCUGUUGCAGCCGCUGCAGACUGUAGUUCAGACUCGCCAAUACUAGAUAUGAAUCUCAAUCAGAAGUCAGAAGAGGCCAUCGUUCGUCUCAGCGUAGAAAAUGGCAAGGUCAACCUCUCUUCGCGGUCGCCAUCACUUCAACAAGUACCUGCAUUGCUACUUUCUCUCCUUUCUGACGAUCCACCAUCCUGGUUCCUGCAGAUCCCUCAAGAUGAUCGACAGCCUUGGUACAUGCGUGAAGAGGUCCACACUCUGCAGCUCAGCAAUAACCAACUCGAAUCGCUUCCCCAUAACCUUGCCCACUUCCGCGGUCUCAAGCGUCUCGAACUUCACAGCAACCGACUUUCCGCUCUUCCAACCUCCUUUUUCCAGCUCACGGCCCUCACAACUCUCACUCUCUCCAAAAAUGCACUCACUUCUGUCCCACAAUGCUUGCUUGCGCUCGACAACCUUGUCACGCUCAAUCUUUCUUACAACAAGAUUCAAACACUUUGGAAGCCGGAGCAUCUCGUCUCGGCCCGCUCGCAGCGUGAGGCUUGGGACAAGGAGAAUCCGACACAGGAGAACGGCGUCUGGGCUGGUCUUUCACCCUCCAAGAAGGAUCGCAGACCGCUAAAUGCAGCUUCGCAAACACCGUCAAAUGCACCAAUGCGCUCUCUCAGAACUUUGGAUCUUAGCCACAACCGCAUCACCAACGCCGCUCUGGGCAUUCCUGACCUCGCCAACCGCCGUAACAAGGCGAAUGACCCGACUGCGAGCGACAACAUUACCGUGCAGCUGCCUGCUGGUCUCAGAACGCUCAAUCUCGGCUUCAACAACAUUCGUGGACCUGUCUCUGUGUCUCUCUUCCAACAGCUGGAGUCGUUGGAGGACCUUGGCCUGCAGGGAUGCGGCAUCGCAGAUCAUGUCUUUGCCGUGCAGAACGCCAGCGAGAGCUCCAAAGCAACCUUCCCUAGCCUCUGUGUGCUCGACCUUUCUGGAUGCGAGCUUGAUGAUCUCGCCAAGGUGGAGGCACUGUUUGGUUCCAGUCGUAUCCAGUCUUUCGAUCAGGCCAUGGGCAACGUCGACACUGCGCAACAGCCAGCGCAGCACAAGGUCGAGCCGGUCCAGGGCAUGUCAGCUCGACAGCUCGUCCGUGUACCCAACCGUCCCACUUCCUCCAACAUCGACAGAAUGCAAGAUCGAUGCAAUGCCAAAGUACUCUGUCUUUUGUUGGAAGGUAAUCCGCUCAGAGAGGAGGCCUUCCGGCAGAAACGCGGAGGUCGCUCUGCCGCUUCGCCAGAGAAGAAGGCAGUACCAACAGCAACCGUCAAUGUGCCAGCUGCUCCGUCGCAAGCAGCCUCAGUCUCUUCUGCCAUUGCUACGUCUGCUGCAUCUGCUUCCACCGCUGCCACGACUGUCACCGCGGGCUCAUCUCAGCUCCCUUCAAAACUUCAAGUAGUCAAGGAAGAAUGGGAGAUUCUUGCCGAGUCCGGGCUCAACACCGAGCUUGGCCGUCGCAAGCUUCGCAUCGAGCAAGCACGUCGAGAGCAGGAAGCAGCAGCAGCGACAACAAAGGGAGCCGAUCGUUCCAACACCGAAACCGAAACUCGCGGUCGCAAACCACGAGCAGCCGAUGACGCAACCAGCUCUGAUCCUGACGUUGCCACCUCUGGAGGAGAGUCUCAAGAACGAGCCAGCGGCGACGCAAUCGAUGACAAAGACUCUGGCAGCGCUCUUGCCAACGCCAAGCUCAGCUCCAAGAAGAAGGAAGCGCUCGGACAAGUACCUUGCAAGUUUUUUCGGAGUAAUGGAUGUUCGGCCGGCGCAUCCUGUCCCUUCGCCCACACUCUUCCGGGAGAUGGAGGGCAAAAGUCCGUUUGCCAAUGGUUCUUGAAAGGCAACUGUCGAUUUGGUCACAAGUGUGCCUUGGCUCAUGUGUUGCCUGGACAGCCGAUGAGUAUGGAUCGUAAGAAUAAGAAGGCUGCUCAGCAUGGACAGCCGCUGCCGCAGGUUUCGAGUCAGCCGCAGCAGCAGAUGGCGGGUGGUGCGCAGGCAGGCCAACCGGGUGGGAUAACACAGCAACAGCAGCAGCAAGCAGGUCAAGCGAAACCAGGUGGCAGUCAGCGUCAGGUCUUGGGGCAGCAGGGUCAGCCGCAGCAGAUGGCGAUGCCUCAGCAUGGAACGCCGACUCGCAACACGCUCGUGCCUGGUCAGGCCGCCUCUUCACAGCUGCCGUCCUCGUUUCGCGAUCGCAAGACCUCCCUCACCACUCGUGAUCACGAUCUGCCAUUUGGUGUGCCCGAUGAUCUUCACGGCUCGGCUCCCAACACUGCAGACCCUGGACGAGCUGGUUUCGAAGGGAUCAGUGUCGGUUCCGCCGGCGGCCACGCCCAAGAUCAGAACCUGUCGGCAUCGUUUGCUGGCAGCUCAUCGUUCCGUCGACCCGGCUCUCUAUCUCAGAGCUUGAGCGCAUCCCUCGCCGCGCAGUCAUUCGGAGGCAUGGACUCAGCUGCAGCUGCCUUUGGCACAUCGGCAUCCGCUUCUCGUGCGUUCGGUACUAGUCCUUUCAGUCACCCAAGUGGACACGCUCUCUUCUUCAGCGGUAGUCAGGACUCGGAAGGCGGCGCAGGCCCGUUUGCACGCAACAACCGGGAUGUUUUUGGUGCUCGAAGCAUGGGUCGGAUGGAUGAUGCAGCUAAGCUUUGGGGUGGUAUCGCAGCUAGCGCUGGUGGUCCAUCUUCCGCGCAGCCUAUCGGAGGAAGUAAGGAGGAGGAAGAGAUUGAAGACGCAGAAGACUUCCUUCCCUCGAGCUUGUCCGAUCUUUUAACGCCAGCCGAGUUAGAGCGGAGGAGACGCAGCAACCGACUUUCAAGCUCUUUUGCUGGCGAUAGUGAGCGUAUUACGGUUGCUCAAAGUAUGCCGUCUCAUGCUGGCGGUGCGUUCGGUACCUCGCUAGGUUUUGGUAGGUCUGCGAUUGGAGCGGAGAGGGGCAAGCCCAGCAAUCUUUCGACCGGGUUUGCUCAGCAACAGCAGCAUCAGAUGCAACAACAGGGAGCGCAAGAUUACAGUCCAUUUGGCACAAGUAGUGGGCGUGGGACGAGCGGGUUGGAUUCAAUUGCGUUCCGUGAGAGUUCGAGUGGCUUGUCAACCUCGGCUAGUAGGACUGCGGCGCAUCAUGCACCCGGGCAGAGUCUGCCUCAGGGCUUGGCGGCCGGUUUGAGCAGCUUACAUCUUCGAACGGGUCGGACUGCAGCUGAUGGAUCUAGUGGAAACUUGGCUAGUGGUGGGUUUGGAUCUAUUGGUCCUGCGGUUAGCAACGACGCUCUUAGUGUCGGCGGGGGUGUGUUUGCGACGGGCUCAUUCACUCAAGCCGGCAACAGCGGUUUGAGAGUACCUGGCAGUCUGGAUGAUUAUGGUUUGGGCCCAACGGCUCCUUCUUCGGUCCUUCCUCACCGGUCUCCUCUUAGCUUCGCUGCUAAUCCUCCCCCCUCAGCUGGAGGUAGCAGGUUAAACAGCUCUUUCUCAGACCGUAACGGAGGAAGUGUUGCUGGAUCGCCAUUCUCUCCUCCUCUGAACGCCAUCGGUUCACACAGAACCGCGGGUGAGGGGGGAAAAGGUGGAAUAGCAAUCCCUGAAGUAGGAGCGGGGCAAAAACAAGUCGGAGUUGGAAGGUAUGCUCAACACCUUGCAACGCAGAGGUUGAGAGCGGGCAGCUCAGCUGCUGCUCCGCACUCACCUCUCACUCUACCAGUGGUCACAGCGCAAGAAGAUGGGGAGGAGGCCAUAUUCGAGCUCGAGUAA